GAUGAAUAAACCAACUUGAUUUGAAAUGCAUCUCAUAGACAGUCUUGAGGUGGUUUCCAUGAUGUAGAUCUAGUUUGGGAGGGGACAAAACUUUCCUGAACUUGGGGUCCAGUCUGUCCAGAACCUGUGAAGCACAAAAUCUUUUAGUUCUCAGAAACUGACGGAUCUCAUAAUCAGUGCAGCAAAAGAGGUAAUGUUUUUUAUUUUCAAAAGAAUUAUGAGGAAUGCAUGAAUGCAGUAUAGCAAGAGUCUUUAUUUCAAGCUUAUACUUUAACCAUAAAUUUUGAUUUAACAUUUUUCCCCCAGGGAAGGAUGAAGUGGAGUGUGUUUUUUGGUGUUUUCUUGCUGUGUUUUCUCGCUAAUCUCAGCAGUGCCAGAUUCAUUCCUGAAGGGGUACCCUAUGAAAGGCCCCCGGCUAUGCCCUACUGGUCAUAUUCCACCUCAGAUUUCUGGAACUAUGUGGAAUACUUCCGCAACAUUGGGGCUUAUGACCAGAUCAAUGAAAUGGCCAGAACAUUCUUCGCCCAUCAGCAUCUGGGAGACACGCUGGGUUAUGAAGUGGCAGAGCAGCAUGAACACUAAGUCAAUGUCAUUAGUUUAGCAAUCAUAGUUUAGUUUGUGUCAGUAGAAACUAUAGAGAAUUACUGAAAUAUAACUAAAAACAUUUAUAGUCUUAUAAUGAUGAAACUUGUGCCAUAGUACUACUAAUAAAAAGGCAUAUAAAGGUCUCACUGUUAAUGUUUCAUUGUAGAGUGAUUAACAGCUUCAGAGUGCAUGAUUGUGAUCUAUUAUACGACCAGUUGUAAAUAUAGAAAAAGUAAGAAAUAAACAAAAGUGUCAUCCUGAUGCACAGAAAUUAUUUUAAUACCAUCACUACAAUAAUCUGUGAGGACCAGUUCUCCAACCGAGCCAGUGGGACCCGUUUUCCAGCCGGUUACAUUUUGACGUAACAACAACUGGUGAUGUGAAGCCGCGAAUCGAUUCCUUCGAACAGUUCGUUGUAAAGAACCGGUUCGAUGCUUUUUAUCGCAUUAUGUGGUCCUUAGCGACUGGUGUGGCGUAUUUCAUGCUCUAACUAAACAUUCAAAUAAAACCACAUGUAGACUCAUAUGGCUGUUGAUUACUGUUUUUUUUUUUUUUUUUUUUAAUUAUUAUUAUUUUUUUUAAGGUAAUAGGCUAAUACGAGUUUUUGUUGUCGUGUAGUUGCAGCAGCCAUGGUUAAGCUAAUUUUUAGAGUUAUUCCAGUUAUUUAGAAAUACAGUUUGCAUUCAUGCACAUACCUUGAAAACGUUUUCGCAAACGAAUCAUUCAAAUCGUAUUUGGAAACAGGUAAUUUUAAAAGAUCCGACUCAAAAGAACAAUUCAUUCACGAAUCGGACAUUGCGAAUCGGAACACCACCGGAAACAGAGGGAUACAACGAAGAUUUUGUUUUGGUGAAUGUUACAGAGAGCUGAAAAACACACAGUUUUAACAUUUAUUUAUCGCGGAUUUUUUUAAAUACUGGCGCUGAAGUUAUGAAGCCAGCAGUUGAUGAAAUGUUUCCUGAGGGAGCUGGUCCGUAUGUGGACCUGGAUGAGGCAGGGGGCAGCACUGGACUGCUGAUGGAUCUGGCCGCCAAUGAGAAGGCAGUGCACUCAGACUUUUUCAAUGACUUUGAAGAUCUAUUUGAUGACGAUGAUAUUCAGUGAUGAAGAGGACGAGUAGAACGGAUUUCUCCACUGUAUAAAAUGUUCAUUUUUGUACAUUUAAGUGUUUUUUUCUCUACUUUAAGAGUGAUAUUGCAUUAACUCUUCAGUUCAUUAAUAAACUUUUGUGCAAUACAAAGUC